AAGGCCGGCGAAGGGGAGCCGGCGUCGUCUUUCCAGAGCCGCCUGUGGAGGAGCCUGCAGCUGGGGGGCAAAGGCAAAGGCAGCAGCAAAGCGGGAGCCGAACGCCGCAGUGCGGACACCUCGCCGUCGCUUCCGCGGAGUCGCGCCGCGGAGCAGCCGGCCAAGGCGGACUUGUUGGCAGGGGGCGUCGUCGUCGGCUCCAGGUGGGGCGGCUUGAGGCGUCGAAAACACGUGCUGGACCGCGUCUUCUCGUCCUCUCAGCCCAACUUGUGCUGCUCCUCGGCAGAGCCCCUGGAGGGCGUGAGCGCCGAGGCCGGCUCUGCUCUGCGCCGCCUUCGCGAGCAUCUCCUUCACCACCCUCAGGGCAAAGGGGGACAGCAGCAACAGCAGCACGGCCGGGGGGCUGACGACCCGCCCGCCUCUCCUUCCUCGACCUCUUCGGCGGCUGCCCCCGAAAAGGAACGGGUAGUAGGCGGAGAUGGAGCCCUCAAAGCCGAGGCGCCGGAGAAGCCUCCACAGCCGCCCCGACUCGGAGCUCACCUGUCCCAUCAGAAGAGCUCUUCUCUGCCCGGCAACACCACCUGCCUGGAGCAGUUGCUUCAAGACGCGCCCGCCAAGGGCAAAGCCAAAGGACCGGAGGGCAGCAGCAGCCCGUCAGGAAGCCCUCGUUCUUCGAAGCUAUUACAGGUAAACUCUUCUCUCAGUGGUGAUGAUAGUUUUCAUAAAGGAGAACCCGCUGAACAAAUGGUCAUUGUAGAAGAAACAAUUGCUUGUGCUGAAAAGUCUUUUGUACUUUUGACUGAAGGCCAGUAUUUAUUUAAAAAUGAUUUAGAUACAAAACUGAUUAUCAUGACAGGAAAGGAUACAAAUGUAGAUUUCAGAAAUGAAUUCUCAGACUUAGUAUAUGACUCUUUAAUAGAAGAAGUAUCUAAUACUUUGCUUAUAGUAAUAAGGCAUGCAUUGCUGACUCUAGAAACUUACUUGAUUUAUAGAGUUGUCAGUAUACAGAGAUUUGGGACAAGUAAUGUAGAAUUACCACCUGCUGAACCAGGAAUGUACCAGUUGGAUAUUACAUUAAGACGAGGUACUAAUUUAGCAGCUCGUGAUCGAAGAGGAACAAGUGAUCCAUAUGUCAAAUUUAAACUUGGCGGAAAAGAAAUCUUUAGAAGUAAAACAAUCAGUAAGAAUCUUAAUCCUGUAUGGGAGGAAAGAACUUCCAUUCUUAUUGAACACUUAAGGGAACAAUUAUAUAUAAAGGUUUUUGAUUAUGAUUUUGGACUUCAAGAUGAUUUCAUGGGGUCAGCUUUUUUGGACCUGAAUUCCCUAGAACAAAAUAGGCCUAUUGAUGUUACAUUGAGUCUGAAGGACUCACAUUAUCCUGACCAAGAUCUUGGGACUAUACUGUUAACUGUGUUGCUCACCCCAAAAGAACAGCAGAGGGAAGGGACAAUGCUAAUGAGGAAGAGUUGGAAAAGAACAAGUAAGUUUCAGACCCAGAGUAUACGUCUAUCGGACUUUCACAAAAAAGCUCAGCUAUGGAGAGGAAUAGUCAGUAUCACUUUAAUUGAAGGUCGUGGACUCAAAGCCAUGGACUCAAAUGGGCUGAGUGAUCCCUAUGUGAAAUUUCGGCUGGGACAUCAGAAGUACAAGAGUAAGAUAAUGUCAAAAACUUUGAAUCCCAGGUGGAGGGAACAAUUUGACUUACAUCUUUAUGAAGAACGAGGAGGAAUUAUUGAUAUUACAGUAUGGGACAGAGAUGCGGGCAAAAAGGAUGAUUUUAUUGGCAGGUGCCAAAUUGACCUGUCAACUCUAAGCAAAGAGCAUACUCAUAAGCUAGAGCUGCCUCUGGAAGAAGGUGAAGGGCAUCUGAUAUUGCUGGUUACAUUGACUGCUUCAGCUGCGGUAACCAUCUCUGACUUCUCAAUGAAUGUCUUAGAAGAUCCAAAGGAACAGAAAGAAAUCCUAAAAAGAUAUAACCUAAUGCAGAUGUUUCAAAACAUAAAGGAUGUGGGAUUUCUCCAGGUAAAGGUCAUCAGAGCAGAAGGUUUGAUGGCAGCUGAUGUUACAGGUAAAAGUGAUCCAUUUUGUGUAAUUGAAUUGAACAAUGAUAGAUUGUUGACCCACACAAUAUACAAGAACCUUAAUCCUGAGUGGAACAAAAUCUUCACUUUCAAUAUUAAAGAUAUCCACUCAGUUCUUGAAGUGACAGUUUACGAUGAAGAUCGUGAUCGGAGUGCGGACUUCCUAGGCAAAGUGGUUAUUCCAUUAUUGUAUAUUCAAAAUGGUGAACAGAAAGCCUACGUUUUGAAAAACAAGCAGCUGACAGGGCCAACAAAGGGGGUCAUCUAUCUUGAAAUGGAUGUGAUUUUUAAUGCUGUGAAAGCCAGCAUCCAAACACUAAUGCCCAAAGAACAGAAAUAUAUUGAAGAAGAAAACAGACUAUCUAAACAGCUUCUUCUAAGGAACUUUAUGCGUGUGAAACAUUGCAUCAUGGUCAUUAUAAAUGCUGCCUAUUUUAUAAAUGGUUGCUUUGAGUGGGAGUCACCACCAAGAAGUUUGGCUGCUUUUGUGCUUUUCCUUAUUGUAACAUGGAAUUUUGAGCUGUUCAUGAUUCCACUGAUCUUGUUGCUGCUGUUGGUGUGGAAUUACCUCUUGGUCAUAUCAGGAAAGGAUAAUCGGCCACAUGAUACUGUAGUGGAGGACAUGUUAGAGGACGAGGAAGAAGAGGAUGACAGAGAUGACAAGGACAGUGAGAAGAAAGGGUUUAUCAAUAAACUCUAUGCCAUUCAGGAAGUGUGCAUAAGUUUUCAGAACAUCCUUGAUGAGGUGGCCUCUCUUGGAGAAAGGAUUAAAAAUAUAAUCAACUGGACUAUUCCAUUCUUAAGCUGGCUGGCCAUUGUUGCUCUGUGUGUGUUUACAGUCAUCCUGUAUUUCAUUCCACUGAGAUACAUUGUCCUUGUCUGGGGCAUCAACAAAUUUACAAAGAAACUCCGAAGUCCAUAUGCGAUUGAUAACAACGAACUACUUGAUUUUCUUUCCAGAGUCCCUUCAGAUGUGCAAAUGGUGCAAUAUCAAGAAUUGAAACAAGAGCUUUCUCACAGCCCAAGUAAGAGGAAGAAAAACAACCUUAAUUAG